CUUCUGCAGAGGACACGUAUCCUUCCGAGUCGCACCAAGGGGUUAACCUCUGAUCUGUCCCAGGUGGCUGGCUCUGCAGCCAGGGUCCAGGACAUGCUGACCACUGUGCUUGCAUACAUUGAGGAUGUGCUGUCUGGCAAAGUGACAGCAGAUAACAGCGUGGGCCGCUUCCUGAUGGACCUGGUUAACAAGGUCCCCACCAUCCCAGCCGAGGACUUUGAGAACAUGCUUAAUUCCAACAUCAACGACCUGUUGAUGGUGACCUACCUGUCCAAUCUCACCCAGGCACAGAUUGCUCUAAAUGAGAAGCUGGUGCUGCUCUGAGGGGAUUUCAUUGAAGUGAUUCAUAUUUAAUUUUUGUACACUUUUUUUUUUUUGGCUGAGUUAAAUAAAGACGUUAAACAGUCA